CCAGCCAACGGAAAUAGAUCUUUGAGCAAAAUGGCUCAAAUGGCAACCCCCUAUGUUGAAGAUGAAUCUGGGAAAUACAUUGCUGCUACACAGCGACCUGAUGGAACCUGGAGAAAGCCUCGGAAAGUGAAGGAUGGUUAUACCCCUCAGGAAGAAGUCCCUGUCUACGAGAAUAAAUUUGUGAAGUUCUUCAAGGGCAAGCCUGACCUGCCACCAGGUAUGAGCCCCGGAGAUGAGGCCCAGGCAAGGCAGCAGCAGCAGGGGAUUCCCGGCACUGCAGAGAGUGAGACAGCUGGGCUUUCCAAGACAGCCAAGCGAAACAUGAAACGCAAGGAAAAGCGCAAGCUGCAAGGCCCGGAUAGCAAUGUGGAAGCACUUAUCAAUGCUGUUGAGAAUGUGGCGAUUGCAGAGGGCGGUGACAGUGAGAUGCCUACAUCUAACUCAGCUGAAGCUACUAAUGACCAUUCAGGAGCAGCAGCAGAAAAGGCCAAGAAGAUCAAGAACCUGAAAAAGAAGUUGAGGCAGGUUGAGGAACUGCAGCAGAAACUGGACACUGGGGAGAUCAAGCAAGCUACAAAUGAGCAGCUGGAUAAGCUUGGGAGGGCCAAGGUCAUACAGGAUGAGUUGCUGCAGCUUGAAGAGGAUUCAUGAGAUUAAAAAGGUUGUCAAAAGGGCAGCAGACGAGUUGUGGAAGUUAGACUGUUGGAAAAUACAAACACCAAGUUCUACAAGAAAUUGAUAUUUACAGCUGCAUUGAUGAGCUUCCCUUGAACAUUUUUCUGAGAUUUGGUGUUAUCAGACAGCCAAUCAACAUUAACUUUGGUUUUGGAAUACCAAGUGUACAUAAACCUAACACCUCAAGUUAUGUUGUUGACAAGAACUGAUCAUGUUUUUCCCACACUUUCUCCAAAACCAAUGAACAAACAACAAUGAGACAGCCAUGUUUUUUCUCUUCAUUUCAAAUGUACUUUUAAAACAAGUGAACUGAUCCCGUAUGCUUGAAUUGGCUAUUAACUUAUUGGCCAUUCAUAGUUGUAAUAGCAUUUAUUUUUGUGCUCAGUAUUUUUACUGUGCAUUUCUUAUCUUUGUUUUUUUUAACCUUUAUCUGUCAAGAGAAUUGCAUAGAAUAUUAUUUAUUGCAUUAAAGAUACAGAAAGCCCCUAUUCAAGAGAAUGCCGUUUUGUUGACCCAUCUGUGCGCUGAAAUGAUACACAUUUUCCCAAUGAUUGGAUGUUUUGAAAUACAGUUUCAAUUUGUGUACAUAAUGAAGCAAUUCAUGGUUUACAACAUUAAUAACAUCACUCAUAUGAAAGGAUAUUUUAAUGCUGCUGUGAGAUUAAAUAGAUAGCUCCCUCUACAGGUGAAAUCAGGCAUAACUGGUUUCAGUUUAAACAACUAACACUAUCUCCCCCUGAUUACAGGGCAUAGGGAGGAUUGUUGUGACAUGGAGAAGCCGAAAUGUAACAUUGAUGUGUUAAUGGUUCUUUAUAUAUAAACAUACUAAGUAAUGGUUGUCUCGGAAUGGAAAUGUGGUUAGUUGUUUUUCUCUCAUAGGACAGUUUUUUUUUUUUAAAUCAUGAUUUACAUUACAGGAGGAAGAGGUUUUUGUCUCACAGACUACAUGGUAUUUAUGGAGAGAAACGUAGUCAUUCAGAAACAAGAAUCUUGAUCGAGCAACUUAAAAGAUACAUUUUGUAAAUCUAUCACACACGGUCUUUCCCUGGUAGUGAAUCACUACAAUGUUACAUUGUUCAUUAACUUUGCAAUAUUAAAUGUAUUGAAGACA